UCAGCUCCGUUGCUGUGGGUAGCACGGAGGCGGCCAUAUUCGUGUCAAUGGGAAAGUAAGAGGCGUCCGGUCCGCGUAUGGUCCAGCCGAGCAGACCCUCCUCCGCUAGCGACCCUCCGGCUGCGCUGCACGCAGGCGCCUGCCUCACUCCCCCACCCCCGACUCCCGACCCACCGACCGACAGACCAACCGAGCCAGCGAGCGAGCGGGGCCGCCGAGCUUCUGAGCGGGGAGAGAGGGAAUGCCGCGGCGCGCUCGGCUGUAGUUAGCUAGUUUUACCACCGCGGGGAUGAUGAUGCCUUUCGCCCAGCCACAGGAUUCCUGGCACAAGAUGGAGGUGCACGGCGUUAGCAGUGAGGUCAAUGGGCAUCAGAUCACGGAUGAGCCAAUGGAAGAGGGAGAGUCCUACACGCACUGUGAUGAAGGGUCCUAUAAGGAGAUCCCCAUCACUCACCAUGUGAAGGAGGGCUGUGAGAAGGCCGACCCUUCCCAGUUCGAGCUGCUGAAAGUUCUGGGUCAAGGAUCGUUUGGAAAGGUGUUCCUGGUGCGGAAGAUAAUGGGCCCGGAUGCUGGUCAGCUAUAUGCAAUGAAAGUCCUGAAAAAGGCAUCUUUAAAAGUGAGGGACAGGGUUCGCACAAAGAUGGAGCGGGAUAUUCUGGUGGAAGUGAAUCAUCCCUUCAUUGUAAAGUUGCACUAUGCCUUUCAGACAGAAGGGAAGCUCUAUUUAAUUUUGGAUUUUCUCAGGGGUGGAGAUGUAUUUACUCGCUUAUCCAAAGAGGUUAUGUUUACAGAGGAGGAUGUGAAAUUCUACCUUGCAGAGCUGGCCCUUGCAUUGGAUCACCUUCACAACCUAGGCAUUGUUUACAGAGACCUGAAGCCUGAAAACAUUUUGCUUGAUGAAGCUGGACAUAUCAAGUUAACAGACUUUGGGCUCAGUAAAGAAUCAGUAGACCAGGAUAGAAAAGCAUACUCUUUUUGUGGCACUGUGGAAUAUAUGGCCCCUGAGGUGGUCAACAGGAGAGGACACACACAGAGUGCUGACUGGUGGUCACUAGGCGUUCUAAUGUUUGAAAUGCUUACGGGGACGCUACCAUUUCAAGGAAAAGACCGGAAUGAGACUAUGAACAUGAUUCUCAAAGCUAAGUUGGGAAUGCCACAGUUUUUAAGCCUGGAAGCACAAAGUCUUUUACGAAUGCUCUUUAAAAGAAACCCAGCUAAUCGAUUAGGAGCAGGUCCAGAUGGAGUAGAGGAGAUCAAGCGGCAUGCCUUCUUCUCCACAAUAGACUGGAAUAAACUCUACCGACAAGAACUUCAGCCUCCGUUCAAACCAGCAGCGGGAAAACCAGACGACACGUUCUGCUUUGACCCCGAGUUCACAGCCAAAACCCCAAAGGACUCUCCAGGCAUUCCUCCCAGUGCAAACGCUCACCAGCUCUUCAAAGGCUUCAGCUUUGUAGCGCCAGCUUCCCUGGAGGAGAGCAAGAGCUCUCCCUUAGUCAACAUCCUCCCCAUCGUGCAGAUGCACAGUGGUGCAGCACAGUUCUCAGACGUGUACGAACUCAAAGAGGACAUUGGUGUGGGAUCCUACUCCAUAUGCAAACGCUGCAUCCACAGAGUUACAGCCAUGGAGUUCGCAGUCAAGAUAAUUGACAAAAGCAAGCGGGACCCAUCGGAGGAGAUUGAGAUUCUCAUGCGGUACGGGCAGCACCCAAAUAUCAUCACCCUGAAAGAUGUGUACGACGAGGGGCGGUUUGUGUAUCUGGUAACGGAGUUGAUGAAGGGCGGGGAGCUGCUGGAUAAGAUACUCAGGCAGAAGUUCUUCUCAGAACGAGAGGCCAGUGCUGUUCUCUACACCAUCACCAAAACCGUCGACUACCUGCACUGUCAGGGGGUGGUUCACAGGGACCUGAAGCCCAGCAACAUUCUGUACAUGGACGAUUCAGGGAACCCCGAUUCGAUCCGAAUCUGCGACUUCGGCUUUGCCAAGCAGCUCAGAGGAGACAACGGCCUGCUGCUCACGCCCUGCUACACUGCCAACUUCGUGGCACCUGAGGUAUUGAUGCGGCAGGGCUAUGAUGCAGCCUGUGAUAUCUGGAGUCUGGGAGUUCUUCUCUAUACUAUGCUGGCUGGGUACACUCCCUUUGCUAAUGGCCCUAACGAUACCCCUGAAGAGAUCCUGUUACGUAUCGGCAGUGGCAAGUUCUCGCUCAGCGGAGGCAACUGGGACACAGUGUCCGACUCCUCAAAGGAUCUUCUGUCUCAUAUGCUUCACGUUGACCCUCAUCAGCGUUACUCUGCCGAGCAGGUGCUGAAACACUCGUGGAUCGCCUGCCGGGACCAGCUCCCCCACUUCCAGCUUACCCGGCAUGACGCACCUCAUUUGGUCAAGGGAGCAAUGGCUGCCACAUACUCAGCGCUGAAUCAUAAGACGUGUCAGCCGGUCCUGGAACCUGUGGCGGCUUCCAGUUUGGCCCAGCGGCGAAGCAUGAAGAAGCUGACUUCCACCGACAUGUCGUGAAAACAAACAAAAAAAAACGAGCAGCGUUAACUUCACUGUGUCCUCCCCUCUCCAACCUCUCCACCCUCUCCCUCGUUUUUCUGUCUAUUUAUUUAGAUUUCCCUCUGUCCCCACCAACCCUACCUACCCCACGUUUACCCCGGCAUUUACCCUGAGCUGCCGAACCCAGUAAUUGGACCUCAAGACACCAUGCUUUUCACAUCAGGGAGGCUGUUUAGCGAGUGAGAGUGCAGAGACUGGGAGAGCUCGCAAAAAAUGGCUGAAGUUCAAAUCCAAACAGCUGCAGGGGCUGCAAUGACUUUAUUUAAUUUAUUGUAUUUUUUUAUACACAUUUCUCUUGUAUGCAUUCUCUAAGGCCCAAUCCCAUUUCACCCCUUAACCCUACCCCUUACCCCUUGUUUUUGAGUAAAACCCUUCCCCGUUGGAACAGAGUUAGAAGGGGAAACCGUUUAAGCACCCAAUACGUCAUCAGGAGCGCUAAAGUUCAGCAACCUAGCUGCUGCUGCUACUGGUGGUUAACUAGUUAACUUUAGGGCUUAUUUUAUUGUACGUCUUCAGAAAGAAGGGGAGAUAGUGUAGAAAUGAAUUAUUAUUAUUAUUAUUAUUAUUUAUGUCCAUUCCUUAAUUCCUCUGUGAUUCCUAAGCUGAAAUUAGCUUUGAUUAGCAUUUAUUUUAUUUUAUUUUAUUUUUCCCUUCCGCCUUAAAUACUACAGCUUCUGCCAUCUGUUGCACUGUUGCACCAUUUAAGGUGGAACGGGAAAGUUAGCUAGCAAGCUGGUUAAUGAGACAAACUGUUUUUACAAACUAAUCUUUUUUUUUUUUUUUUUUUUUUGUUAUGCUUGUUAUAAAGAAUUCGGCCAUAAAACAUUAAAACUAGUGAAACUACACAUUAAACUAUGGUAUAUAAUAUAAUCUAUGCUAAUCAUCACUUUUAACAAGGAAGAUACAUACUUAUUUGUGGGGUUUUUUUGUUGUUGUUGUUGUUUUUUUUUUAAACCAGUGAUUCUCAUCUCUUCCCCUCGGUUUGAAGUGUGCAUCUAAAAAAAAAAAAAAAUCUCUGUUUGAAAUGGGAUUGGGCCUAAAUCUGUCUUUUUUUUUCUGUCGUAUCUCUCCCUCUUUUUCUUUCUCUCUCUCUCUCUUCCUCCUUUUAGCUGAAUAAGAAAAGAAAACAAAAAACAAACAAAAAAAAAAAGGAAAACAGCACCAGCGCCUAUUCUCAUUCACUGUGACUGGCCGACCUGAAGCUGCUUUAAGUAAACUGUGUUCCACUUUCUUUCCCCAGUUCCGUAAGCAUGUCGCUCCGUUGCUCCGUCGCUCCGUCUCCUCCACUCCUCUUCCCCAUCCCUCGCUCUGCCCUCGCUCUAGGAAUCCCCUUCCUUCUCCUGUCUCUUGACAAUAGAUCACCUGGGCUCGGCGCCUGGAGAGCGAGCGGGUGGAAGACUCCGGUUUUAAGCCACUUAGCGCGCCGCUGAAGGAAUCGUAUCGGCGUCGGCAGGGGAUGAGCCUCGAGUCUGAACCCCUCUGACGUUUUACCUCAAGAAGCUCUAAGAGUAAGAGAGCGCCGGGCGGAGGCUUCUGCUUCUUCCUCUUCUUCUUCUUUAAGCUUAGAGAGCUCGCGUUCAGAAUUCAGCAGCAGAGAGAGCGUCAAACACACCUGCCAGCCCUCGUCGGACCCGAUCAAUCCUCCUCGUCUUGUCGAAUAUAUUUAAGCACAUUUGCACUGAGACCUGGCAGGUUGUUGCUUUCCCUCUUUCGCUCUGUCACUCUGUUUUUUCUUUCUGUUUUCUCUGAUUUCUCCCUCUACCAAGUUUUGUUUUUUGUCUAUUUUUUUUGCUUCGGACCGCCUUUAAAAUAUUUUUUUUUGGAUGAAAAUAAGCUAAAGGUAAAAAAACAAACAAGCAAACAAACAAACAAACGAAAAAAAAAUCUAUCAAAAGGUCAAUGAAUGUGGACUAGACUUCUUCAUAGUGUUUGGGGCGCUGUUUUUGAUCCAGUGUUAUUGUAUUGACUGCGAGCCAAGGACUCAUGGGAUUGGGGAAGGGAACCCUCUGCUCCAAGAGCGGCUGGAUUGAAAAGUAAAUAUAUAUAUAAAUAUAUAUAUAUAUAUAUCAUUUCCAUAAAUAUCUCUUUAAAGACAUUGUGGAAAUUGUAUCAUAUUGUAUUUAUUUCAUUUAAUUUUUAAAAUUCUAUUUUUCUUUCAGGUUCUGUAUAUAUUGACAUUAAAGAUCAUUAUUGACAUGAA